AUGGCAGCCAAGCGCGAUCUGAGGUGGUCGCGGCGGUUGCUGUGGAGGUUGUGGCUGGUCCCGAACGCUCCACAGAACCCGGGAUCCGGCCUGGGCCUAGAAGCGAGGACUUAUUCCCAGGGCGACGGCCCAUACUCGCGCACCGCGCUCUAUGAGCUGCUCGGCGUCCCCUGCACGGCCACGCAGGCGCAAAUCAAGGCGGCCUACUACCGGCAGAGCUUCCUCUACCACCCAGACCGCAACUCGGGGAGCGCGGAGGCUGCCGAACGCUUCACGCGCAUCUCCCAGGCCUACUUGGUGCUGGGCAGUGCCACCUUGCGUCGCAAGUAUGACCGCGGCCUGCUCAGCGACGAGGACCUGCGCGGGCCUGGUGUCCGGUCCUCCAAGGAGCCCGCCGGCAAUGCGGGCUCGCCCCGCGCCCCGCCACCUGCCUCUCAGGCGCACAGUCGUGGUCAGGCCGCGGCUGGCGCCAACCGCACCAUGUUCGACUUCGACGCCUUCUACCGAGCGCACUACGGAGAACAGCUGGAGCGCGAACGGCGCCAGAGGGCCCGGCGAGAGGCCCUGCGCAAGCAGCAGGAGGACCGGGCCAAGAAGGGCUUCCGCUGGGACGAGACCCGAGACACGACUUUUGUGUUCCUUCUCUUAACAGUCUUCGUCAUCGUGGGCUUUCGUUCUUAAUCGGAGAGAGGAGGAAAGGGGAGCAGCCCCCAGCCGGCCUUUCCUGUCUUCUUGAACCCUCGCCUUCCAUAGUCUACCUCUGCUGGGGUCCGAAGGAACUGCUCUCCCCCUCCUCUUCCCUGCCCGCCCAGCUUAGCCAUUCACCUGCACGGCCCUCCCCUACGGUCCAGAAAAGGCUUUUCGAUGCCCAAGAAGAAGAGUCCCGAAAGCCCGAGAGUGAAGGGUUUUCUGGAGUCCCUUGGGUGCCAAUUCCAGAGGUUGCCUUCCUGAUGUUGUCAACUUCUGGAACACUUGCUCUGGCUUGAUUGUAAAGCUCUGAGCAAGCGUUGUCUGCUCCUGCCCCACAUUUGUACCGUGGGGCUCCUGUGUAACCUUGAACCGUGCAAUGUGACCCGUUGUUGGCUGCCAAAAGAAAAAUUCUGGGGUUGUCCGAACCUUGUGUUUCUGUGAGUUCCCCAGCCACAGGUGAGACCCGAUGUAGGGUAAGAAUGGGAUCUUUGGAAACCUUGCCGUUUUGGUAUGAUCAGCCCUAGGCCCCACUCCCCCUUCUGUCCGUGGCAUGUGGGAGUAGGAAAGCAAGGUCAUGGAGCAUUAGGAAUCGAGUGCUCCUGUACCCAUACUUAUCUAAUGUGUGACCUCAGAGAAAUUACUCUGUGGCGUGACAGCAGAGGAACAAAUCAUUUGCUCUCUUGAGGUCUGUCACACUUGAUUAUCCAGUUCUAAUGGGCUCAGUGAUUAAAACAUGAUGUUAGCAGAGUCAGAUUUAUCCUUGGGACAAUGUGCCUGUCUCCUGGUCAUUCCUUGGCCAGCCACCCCGUCACUAACUGUGCAGCCCCAUCCCCUCCCUGAAAUAGAGCAACAAACUGGGGGUUUGAGUCCAGCAAACUGGGAAUGUGGCCUGUCCUCUUGUUUAACCCCACAAGUCAAGUCCUUGAAACUUGGCUGCUUGAGUGUGGAGUAGACGGUACUUCUAAGGGAGAGGAGGCAUGUGGUGGAAACUUGGGUCUUUAUUCAGAGCUGGCUGAGGCUUUUUUCCCUCUGGGUUUCUAAGUCGAGCUAAGCGGUUGGUCAUCGCUUGGCUGGAGCUGUGGUAGUCAGGCUCUCGAUUAUGUGUCCCUGCACACGAAGUCUGUAUGGGCCGUGAGAUUUCAGCUGCUCACGUAUUUAUGCACUGGGGCUAAGUGUAAAGCUGUGGGAUAGGAAAACCUUUGCAAGAGUGAGGACAGAAGUGUAGGUUCUAAACAAAGCCAGAGGCGCAUUGGUAAAUUAGUAAGAACUGCUCUUGUGAAAUCCUUGUAAUUAGGAUAAGGCCACAGCUAGUUCAAAUUGGUGUCUCGGAAACGAUUUUGA